AUGUCGUCACCCUACACAUUCAAGCCAGGUGGUGCGCUGAAGCUCAAGGGUGACAAGUCCAAGAAAAAGAAAAAGUCUAGCACAAGUGCCAAGCCGCCGCAUCAGACUGCCGACAAGAGCAGCUCGACAAAGUACGCUACGACCAAGGCCGAGCAAAAGUUUGAAGAAGUUCAGCGCAAACGUCUUCGCGAACAGGCGCGAACAGAGGCACACAAGUCACACAAAGACAAGGUCGAUUCCUUCAAUGCGUAUCUCGACUCCCUCAGUGAGCACCAUGAUAUGCCCAAGAUCGGACCUGGAUAA